AUGGAGCACAAGGUGAUCUGUGUCCUCGCUGUGGUCCUCAUGCUGGCCCUCAGCAGCCUUGCCCAGGACAAGGAAGAAACGUGUACCGUGACCCCCCGAGAGAGGAUAAAUUGUGGCUUCCCUGGUGUCACUGCCCAACAAUGCAAGGAGAGAGGUUGCUGUUUUGAUGACAGCAUCCGGGGAUUCCCGUGGUGCUUCCAACCUCAGGCCAUCGAGAGCCAGCAAGAAGAUGACCCUGGCUUGUGUCGAGCUGACAACAACAACAACAACAACAACAACAACAACAACACCCAAUAA